GAAAGGCUACAGGCAAGUGUUUUGGGGACCUGACAGCUGAUUUCAGUCCGCAGCAUCACUCCAGCAGGGAAGGAGAGUGACGGAGGAGGAAGGAGAAAACAAGAGUGAAGGAUGUGGUGCAAGUGAUGAGGGUGGAGUUAAAGGAAACACUGAAGGUGGGAAGGUAGACAAACAGAGCAGCAAAUUGAUCCCCGGAGACAAAGAACACAAGGAGGAGCUGAGGAGCACAGCUGACAGGAUGCAAGCAAAGUGCCAAACAGUAUGAGGGAAGGAACCAUGCACCUGCGAUAAUACGAUUCUACACAGUAUAUAUCUUCUUUGACGUUCAGAAAUUCACCCAAACAAGUGAGGAUGUCAGGAUCAGACCCUCGCUGCACUCAUGGAGACACCGUCUGUGAGAUCCGUGUUUAUGAGCCGGAGGUGAUCGUGGUGCCUAUCCUCCUGCUGGCCAGCUUCCUGGUCACUCUGGUUUUCAUUCUGCUGCUGCGCUACUGCCCAGAGAAGGUCGACCGAAUCCGUCCACGAAAGAAAAUGACCACCAGGAGGAUACUGCAAGGCAUUGAUGCUCCACCUGGUCUCAAUGUACUUGAGCAUGAAAGCAUCGCGUUGGAUAUUCCCACUUCCUACUCCACCUUUGACGCUUCAAAAACGUAUCAAUCUCAAAGAUUUCCCGCAGCGAUGAGCAAUCCCGCUCCCUCACCCCGCCCCCUACUGGAUCCCAUCAAGACCAGUUUCACUCCCAUCGUCCAGCCCAGAGAGCUGCCCCGCCAGAGGCUGCCAGAGUCCUUCAACCUGGUUGCCCCUCUACAGGGUUCCUUCUCCCUGCGAGUCGACACGUCUGUGUCUCUCUACAGGGCACGCAUGGAAAACAGGAAUGUGGUGCUCCGGGUCCUCAAAGACUCAGCCGAUGCCGAUGAGAGACAUGACUUCCUGGGCUUUGCAUCUUUCCUCUCUCAGCUUGGUCCGCAUCCAUUCCUGCCAGAGCUGCUUGGUGUGGUCUCAAUUCGGGCUCCCCUGGUCACAGUGGUGGAGGAGCUUGAAAACAGGGACCUGCUCAGCUACUUGUGGCAAUGCAGACAGGACAAAGUGGAUCCUCUGUGUGAAAUGACUGAAAGGAGAAUAUUCACUAUGGGCAGUCAAGUUGCUUCUGCUCUGGAGUUCCUCCACAGCAAAGAUCUCCUUCACGGAAACAUUAGGGCCCGCAGCGUGCUGGUCACGAAGCAGCUCACAGCCAAGCUCUGGGGUCUGCAUGGAGUUUACAUAAGAAAAAGCAAGAAAGUCACUCAGAGGGACGAUCCCAGCAUGAAGAAGUGGCAGGCACCGGAGCUGCUGGUCAGGAAGGCAGCAACUAAGAGCAGUGACAUUUGGUCGUUUGGGAUCUUGCUAUUUGAGAUGGCAUCAUUAGGCGAUGCUCCAUUUGCAGAAAUCUCAACUAACGAGGUUCUGCAGUUUCAUCAGAGAGGAAAAAACCUGAAAAAACCUUCCAACUGUUCCAACUCACUAUAUGCGCUGAUAAAAAGCUGCUGCCAGUGGAAAGAGCAGGAUAGACCCCUGCUGGCUGAAUUGAGCCGAAAGCUUGUUUCAGGAGAAAAGGGCGCCUCUGAUAAAGUCCUCAAAGCCUCGGGGACGGUUAACCUGGAACAGUACCUGCAGGAGGCCGGAUACGGAGAAGCCAACAGCUACACCGUUUUAUGAUCAUUUACAAUGUCAAAUGCCAAAGAAGAAAUAUAUGUGUGCAUUUGCACUACUAUCUCCAAGCCUAGUGGAGCACUUAUACAAGUGACUUUAAGAUGCAAUUGAAGUGUUACAAACUGUGUUUGAGCACUUUUGGCGAUAAAAUGGGAUCUUUAUUAA